GUAUAUUUUAUUGUUUGUGUUUGCGACGAGUUGUUGUCAUUUUGUGUUUUCAUUGAUUGCUUCACCAAAACUCUGAUAAUUAAUUUAUUUAUUGAUCGGAAUAUUUUUUCUUUCUCCUGUUUUUUAUUUACACUAAAUUUAUCGUUAAACUUUAAUUCUAUAUAAUACGAGUUCGAUAUUUUAAUGAAACUUUUAAGUGCACAUUGUUAAUAUCGAACUUAUUGCUGGAAAUCUCGUCAAAAUGGUCACAUGCCAAAGUGGAGACCAUAAAUUGGAUGUAGCUGUUAAUAAUUGGCUAAAGCACGACAAAAACCCAAAGACCAUCCAAGAAGUAGAGGAUGAUAUAGCCCAUGCAAGAUGGGACAAGCUAAGGAAGACAAUGCUGCGUAGACAGAAAUUCGGCACGGCGGGCCUGCGUGGGCGCAUGGGCGCUGGCUAUAUGUGCAUGAAUGAUGUAGUCAUAUUGCAGACUGCCCAAGGUCUAUGUUCAUAUGUACAGAAGCAGUGCAAUCAGAGCCAACUACGCAAUGGCAUUGUGGUUGGAUAUGAUGGGCGUUACAACAGCAAAAGGUUUGCAGAAUUAACAGCCAAAGUGUUCGUGUCAGCCUCUAUUCCCGUACACCUGUUCAGCGCAGUGUGCCCAACGCCCUAUGUGUCAUUCGCUACCAUUUUAUAUGGCGCCGCGGCAGGCGUGAUGGUCACCGCCUCCCAUAACCCGAAAGAUGAUAAUGGGUACAAGGUAUAUUGGGGGAACGGUUCGCAGAUCAUCACACCACACGAUGAUAAUAUAUUGGACGAGAUACGACAUUGUUUGGACAUUCCAGAAGACCAUUGGGACAUUCAAAAUAUAAGAUCGCACCCUCUCGUUACCGAUUGCCUGGAAGAAGUGACCACUGAAUACUUGAAGUAUAUACAGAAUAGUUUGAACGAGAACAUUCUAGAACAGAACAAGACGGCGGCAAUAGAUGUGGUGUACAGCGCGAUGCAUGGCGUCGGAUAUGAGUUUGUGGUUAAGGCGUUUGAAGCUGUUAAUUUAAAGGCACCAAUAAGUGUCGUACAACAACAAGACCCAAACCCGGACUUCCCCACUGUGAAGUUUCCCAACCCUGAGGAGUUGGAGUGUUUAGAGCUGAGCCAACGGUUAGCGGAAGAGAGGCGCGCCAAACUAGUGCUAGUCAACGAUCCAGACGCAGACAGGCUCGCUGUCGCCGAGUAUGACGUUGACUCGAACUCAUGGAAGAUAUUCACGGGUAACGAGAUGGGCGCGUUGCUCGGCUGGUGGCUGCUGCGGCAGCAGGAGGCGCGCGGUGCUGCAGCCGAGGUGUACGUGAUCGCCAGCAUAGUCAGCUCAAAGAUGCUGCGAGCACUAGUACGCGGCAAGGGAGAGUUCGUUGAAACGCUCACUGGGUUUAAAUGGAUGGGUAAUACAACGUUACUGUUGGCACAGCAAGGCAAGUUACCGCUAUUCGCGUUCGAAGAAGCGAUCGGAUAUAUGUGCAACCAUCGCGUGCCUGAUAAGGACGGAGUAUCGGCCGCUGUGCAGGUGGCGUCUCUAGCAUCGCAACUCUAUUCCAAAGGGUCGUCACUCGCCGAACAGCUGGUAAAUUUGUACGCAGAGUACGGAUAUCACGUUACACACAAUUCGUACUAUAUCUGCCACGAGCCGGCCACAAUUGAGAGAAUAUUUAGAAGGAUCAGGAAUUACCACGGUCCUGGAGAGUAUCCCAGAAAAGUUGGCUCCAGUGAAAUAGUGCAAAUCAACGACUUUAAAACUGGACACAGAAUGCCUGAGCACGUCAAUGGGAAUUGUCGUUUAAAGGUGGUAGGCACGGGCCUGGACCAGGACUACACGAGCGGCGAGAUGGUGAUGUUCGCGUGCGCGGACGGACUCACGGUCACCGUGCGCACCAGCGGCACCGAGCCCAAGCUCAAGUACUAUGCCGAGCUCGUCUGCCGCGCCCACACACGCACUGAACAAGAAGAGAUGGAUGUUAAAAUGCGAGAAAUGGUACAACAAUUUGUAGAGGAACUACUCCAACCCAAAGAAAAUGGGUUAAUAGGGUAACUGCAUUAUCACAGGCAAAUUGUCGCAAUAUAAAAUAAUUAUUAUAUAAAACAAUUUAAUAUAGAUAGAUAGGGUCCGCAACGCACACGUUAAUACCUCUGGUAUUGCAAGUGUUCAUAGGCUACGGUAACCACUUACCAUCAGGUGGGCCAUAUGCUUGUUUGCCACCUCAGUGGUAUAAAAAAAAAUAAUAGAAAAUCUUCUGGACACUUCAUUAGUAAUAAUUUAAGAAAACAUUUAAACUAAUUCAAAUACACUUUAUAAGAGAAGAAAACAAAUUACAUUCCAUUUGCAACAGAAAUUUUGUGAUUUAGAACAAUGGAAAAUUUAAAUAUCCUCCCUGUAACUACGUUGAAUACAUAAUGUUACUUUGGUAAUAUAAAUUUCUCAUGUAAUGUUGAUUUGAGAAAAUUAACAAGAAAUCACCUUGUACUAUAUAAGUUCAAUAGGAAUUAAGUGAGUCAGUAAAUUUAAUAAUUAGUGAAUGUAUGAGAAUUUAAAUAAUAGUACUCGAAACCUUUUAAAAGCAAUGAAAUCUUUAAAGGUACAACUAAACCACACAAAUGCUUUAUUUAUUUUUUAUUAUUUAACAUAAUAAUAGCCCUAGAGUUACCAUAAUAUGUAUACAAAAAAGAAUAAAUGAAAACAGAUGCCUUGUUUAUAGUACUAAGAUUUUAAAGACCAAAGAAAUGUAUGUAUAAGGUAUUUCAGUCUGUGAUAGAUAUGUAAUGUAUGAUAGGCCAGAUAUGUGUCAUCAGAAAGUCUGCACCACGUGUAUGGUAAUCCUCAAAUGCAUUGUCAAUGUCUAGACCAUACUAUGUAAUAAGCCAUAACUGUAUAUUCUGAACACAACAACUGCGUUAAUCAGAAUGUCUGAACUAUGUGUUUAGUACUUAAGAACGUUCAAACUUUACCUUACUAAAGUGUGACAACGUCAGUCAAUUUUCAAUAUAAUUUAACUUUACUAUAAAUAGACUUAUGUAUGUUUUAUUUGCAUUACUUACAGCACACAAAUAACAAUACAUAUUGAUACAUAAAAAUAAGAAAUAAAAAAAGAAAAUACACAAAGGAAGUUACAUAAUUUUUCAUUUCGUGUGUGUGCCACAGUUACACAAAAUUGUCAUAACUCAGUUUAUUGCUUUGCCUUCAAAUGAGCAAAACACUGAUAUUGUCUUGUGGACAAAAGCUGAUAACAAAAAUAUUACAUUAGUAUGCAUA